CCGACACGGCCGAAAGAAACCCUUUUCCAAGUAACAGGAAAUGACCAAUUCCGAGUCGCCUUCCAUCAACAGGGUCCCGUCCACCCCGGCUGAAGCGCAGACCGUAACCCGGUGCGGCCAGAGGCUUUAGACGCCAUCACCUCGGAGUAGCCGGGCAGCCCGCGGUGCCGUGAGCCUCGCUGUUUUGGACCGAGUCAGCGUGAGCGGUCUCGGCUGACACCGACGGAAGGGCGUGUGAGUGAGUGUGGAGCGAGUGGUUGGAGAGCCUGCCCCCCUCCCCCUCUCCCCCCCGCCGGAUGCUAGCUUGGUAGCUUUUGUAUGCCGUUGCAGCCCCGAGAGUUCCGCCGCGUCGCCUCCUUUUCGCUGCCUAAUCCGGGAAGAUGGGGUGCACCCUGAGCACGGACGACAAAGCCGCGCAGGAGCGCAGCAAGAUGAUCGACCGCAACUUACGGGACGACGGAGAGAAGGCCGCCCGGGAAGUGAAGCUGCUGCUGCUCGGCGCUGGAGAGUCUGGGAAGAGUACCAUCGUUAAACAGAUGAAAAUCAUCCAUGAGGCAGGCUAUUCAGAAGAGGAGUGCAAGCAGUACAAGGCUGUGGUCUACAGCAACACCAUCCAGUCCAUUAUAGCUAUCAUCAGAGCAAUGGGGCGUCUGAAGAUUGACUUUGCUGAUCCAGCCAGGGCGGAUGAUGCUCGGCAGCUAUUCGUACUGGCAGGCUCUGCAGAAGAGGGCUUCAUGACAGCAGAGCUAGCUGGGGUCAUCCAGCGGCUGUGGAAGGAUGGUGGGGUGCAGGCCUGCUUCAGCCGUUCCCGGGAGUACCAGCUCAACGACUCUGCAGCAUACUAUCUGAACGACUUGGACAGGAUAGCCCAUGGGGCCUAUGUGCCCACCCAGCAGGAUGUUCUUAGGACCAGGGUCAAGACUACUGGCAUCGUGGAAACACACUUCACCUUUAAGGACCUACACUUCAAGAUGUUUGACGUGGGUGGACAGAGGUCAGAGAGGAAGAAGUGGAUCCACUGUUUCGAGGGAGUCACUGCUAUUAUCUUCUGUGUGGCUCUGAGCGACUAUGACCUGGUGCUGGCUGAGGAUGAGGAGAUGAACCGAAUGCACGAGAGCAUGAAGCUGUUUGAUUCAAUUUGCAACAACAAGUGGUUCACAGACACCUCCAUCAUCCUCUUCCUUAACAAGAAGGACCUGUUUGAAGAGAAGAUCAAGAAGAGUCCCCUUACCAUCUGCUACCCAGAAUAUGCAGGCUCUAACACCUAUGAGGAGGCAGCAGCUUACAUUCAGUGUCAGUUUGAGGACCUGAACAAGAGAAAGGACACCAAGGAGAUUUACACCCACUUCACCUGCGCUACUGACACCAAGAACGUGCAGUUCGUCUUCGAUGCCGUAACCGACGUCAUCAUCAAGAACAACCUGAAAGACUGUGGCCUUUUCUAGGGCCGAGUGGCAGCGAGCUUACAGUUACUUUUUGUUCAAGGACAGUCUGUGACGAGAGGAAACUCUUCAUGGACGCUGUUGAGAAUGUCACUUUUAACCUCUUAACUUAUGUUGAUCUCUAAAGUUUUCAAGACGUGUUGGUAAAAAAAAUUUGUGUAAAAUAUUUGUACAACUGUCUCUUGCUGGGGAUUUUCACUGUUUUUAAAAUGUGUUUAUUUUAUCAACUUAUUUUCUUUCUUCAAUUUUUAUAUGAAAAUGUGGGGCCUUCAACAUUUAUUUUGUCUUUCUUUGGGAAAACAAGUUGUACCAUCCUGUUGUGUUUCCAGGUACUUGUGUCGUGCAUGCCUUAGUUGCAGUGUUUUGUUGUGUUUUGUUGACUUGGGUAUUACAUCAUGUCCAUUUUAUUCAACUCGUUCACAAGCCCACCCAGCCCACGUGGUCUGGUUUCCAUGCUCACAUAGACAUGCAGAUCUGUUGCCUAUGUUGACAAACCCUGUAAAACCCAGUCAGUCACCUUCUAGACCAGUUCACUUCUGUAGACCAGUCCACUUCUAUAGACCAGGCCACUUCUAUAGACCAGUCCACUUCUGUAGACCAGUUCACUUCUGUAGACCAGUUCACUCUGAUCCUGACAUACUGUGAGAACUUCAUGUGCUCCUUUAUGGAUGUGUGAUGUCACUGUGUGUUGUGCUGAGUGUUUUGAAUGGGUUCAGCCUGAACCGUGUGUGUGUGUGUGUGUGUGUGUGUGUGUGUGUGUGUGUGUGUGUGUGUGUGUGUGUGUGUGUGUGUGUGUGUGAGAGAGCGAGAGAUAUUAAACAAAGGGAUGGUUUCUCUCCUGUCAUCCUUUCUUCAGUUUUAUUUUGAAAGUGACCAAACGAGCAUGGUGUAAUUAAGCUGUGCAUGUUGUCAGUGUUUUGGUGGAAACAUUCCUUCUUGCAGACCCUGAGCAGACGAGCUCUGACAGAGGAUGGCACUGACAGCCUUGUAGCAGAAAAUACGACUAGGUUUGAGCACAGUGCAUAGAAUGACAGAUGUGUUUUAGUAGAAAUGCACUGUUGAUUAUCAGAUGUAAUGGUUUCAAGUUGCAUAUCGCCCCCACCCCACCCCCCACACCUUUGUUUGUAUUGGGUGGGGACAUUAGUGGACUAAUUUCCAUGAAUUUUUUUUGCAAAUUAAAGAUUUGCUAUGGUGAAGCCGUAGCAUUGUUUUC